AUCGUGGAUAAACUGAACGAUAUACUUUGCCAAGGUUACGCAACAAAAAUAGUUCAGUGUAAUAAAACAAACCAUGGAUAAUUGUUUUCUUAGAGGGAUAUUGAUAUAUAUAAACCUCAUUCCAGUUAUUGCAAAGCUGUCAAUAACAAUGCAUAAAGUUGACAUUACUCAUGUUCUGGAAGAGCCAAUUAAAGUAUUUGACGGAGAUCAUCUUCUCCUUAUCUGCAUUUCUGAUAUAAGCAACGCGACAAUCUCCUUGGUCAGAAAAGACGUUGUUGCAGUAAACAACACUUAAACAAUAGAUAACGUUCGUCUAGCAGAUACAGGAAUGUAUUUGUGUACAAGUAUAAUUUCGGAUGUAGUUGAGACGCAGAAUGUUUCUGUUAUAGUCCUUUAUCCACCAUCUUACCCAGACAUCGAAGGGACAACCUCAGGACUCAUAGGCGAGGAAGUAACCCUAAAAUGCAUUUCAAAUGCAAAUCCACCGCCGACGUAUCAAUGGAAGCGUUUUAACCAGAAUGGCGUUGUUCUGUCAAGAAAUCAGACAUUGCAAAUAUCUAUUUCAGAAGAAAAUUCUCGUGUUGUUUGUGUAGCACAAUCUCUUAUGGUAACAACACUCGGAAAAUCUAAAAGAGCUGACGUAGCUCGAGAAGUGACUAUUUUUAGUUACGUUGGGGCCAUCAUACAUGCCAUUGAUAAAGGUUCCAAUCUGAAACUCAUUGAAGGUGAAGACAUUGACAUUCUCUGUGACGCUAUUGGAAGACCUGUACCAGAUGUAUGGUGGACUAAAACAGGGAACAAAAGUUUCAGCUUUUUUGGUAAAAGGCUCAUAGGAUACGAUAUUGACAAGCAUUUUCCAGGGACUUACGUUUGCCACGCAGGAAACAAUAUCACAUCAGUGAAUAAAACAGUCAUUGAAACUUACACCACAAAGUUAAUUUACGUUAAAGUUACCGAAUCUUUGGUUUCUAGAUUGGCAUGUUCGUCUGUAGAAUGUGCAGGGUACUAUGAACGAGAUUUGUCUACAGACAAUACCACCAAUGGUAAAACAGACUUCACGUUAGACGAUACAAUUAACCCUGAGGAAAAAGAUAAAGAAUUGGUUUUAAUAAUAACUGAUGUAAUAGGAUGGACAGCUUUAGCAAUUAGCAUUAUCAUAAAUAUUUGGUUUUGCAAGGUCAAUAAGAGGAACACUGAAAAGCUUUCGACAAUUAAGACUCAAACUGAGCAACCAUCGGAAAUGUCCGCAUACUCGUACGCUCGGAGUUUGCCGGAAAGGCCAUCAUCUUAUAUUACAGAGGUCAGACUUCCGGAACACACAUAUUUCGAACUAAACAGUGGUGAUAUGAUAAAUUCUGGACAGAAUGACAGCUUUGAUAUAAAUCUCACUGGAUCUUAUCCGUCAGUUUCGUCAGACUCGUCUUACUUGGAACCGAUAUACACAUCUUCCCACCCAAGCAAUUAGUUUUCUUCAAAAGGCGGAAUGUAAAUUAGUAUCAUAACUUUUCGAAUGAAAUCAAAUUUCAACAAAGUCAUUUUUUAAUCAGAGAAAAAUUAUUUUUAUAUGAAUCAUUCGUUUGCAGCGGAUGGAUCAGAAGUUUGAAAAACAUGUUUACAUGUAUCGAAAAAUUGUUUAAUCAAACAUUACUACUCCCAAAAGCAAUUAUGUUUAAGUGAUUAAAUAUCAUAUUCGUGUCAUUUUAUCACAAAUAGCUUAUCCGGACCUUUUUAUAUUUCGUUGUAUAAAUGUUAUCUGCUUGCAAGUUGGACAUUUCUUGUGAUUCCUAUUUGUACAUUCAUUCUACGCCAUUUCUGACUGAAUAUGUACAUAUUGAUA